AAAAGCCUAUUCAUUAUACAGCGCCCCGUGAAUUUCUGUACAGCACGAGCGAUGCGAUGCUUUGGGUAUGAUUGCAAAGCGUCAGCCCUUUUCAGCUGGAGUUUUACUUGCCUGAGUGGGCUGAAAUGUGGCUUCGGGGUGGGACAUUAUUGUUAUUAUUGUUAUUAUUAUGCAAGCAAAAACCCAACCUGCAGGUAUGAUACCAUGGGGUUUAUUUUAAGCUGCCCUUUCUGCAGCGAGGGCUCUUUGAAAAGAGAUGCUAAAGGGUUACACAGCUACGUGAAGGUUUGGGAGGGAGUUUGGAAGUUUCUUCCCAACCCAGCUUGAAACCAAUGGCACUUCUGCACCGACUCCUAGCAGCAGGGACCACGCUGGAGUUUCUGGUGCCAGGCAAACAGGUCCCCGCCGGAGGAGACCAUGUUCCCCAGGCUGUUGCAGCAGUGGAGCUUCGCCGUCUUCCUGCUCAGCUACUCCGUGCCUUGCUGCGGAAGAUCGGUGGAGGGCAUCAGCCGCAGGCAUAAGAGAGCUGUAUCAGAGCAUCAACUACUGCAUGACAAAGGGAGAUCUAUCCAAGAUUUACGAAGAAGAAUGUUCCUCCAAAAUUUAAUUGAGGGAGUGAACACAGCAGAGAUCCGGGCUACUUCUGAGGUUUCUCCUAACCCUAAGCCUGCUACCAACACAAAGAACUACCCAGUUCGAUUUGGCAGUGAAGAUGAAGGCAAAUACCUAACUCAGGAGACAAACAAAGCUCAAACAUACAAGGAGCAGCCCCUGAAGGCACCUGGUAAGAGGAAGAAAGCAAAGCCUGGAAAACGCAAGGAACAAGAAAAGAAAAAGAGGCGUACUCGAUCAACAUGGCCAAAUUCUGGAGUACCUGGUAGUGGAGACAAAGGGUUCUCUCUCUUGGAAAUCUCUGGUUUCUACACAUGAUCAUAAUUUAAGGAGGUGUUGAAAUUUUCAGCUGAGACCUUUGGAAAACAUAUUGCAGUAUUCUGUAAUAGUGAACAUAUAAAAAGUGUUAAAAUAUUUAUUGUUUGUAAAUACUGUAAAUGCUCCACAUAAGCCUUCUUCUGCCCUUCCCUUUCUUCCCAUUGCUCUCUGAAACUGCACAUUUGGUUAUUGUGAAAUUUUUUUUUUGUGCUAAGGUUAGACAAUUAUUAUUGUUGCAUUUACCAUAAUUUAUUUUGUUGAUCGGUGUAUUUAUUUUGUGAACAUAUCUUGGUGCUGCUGACCUUCUAUAUAUUUUUUGUAACAUAAUGCACUUUAGAUAUACAUAUCGAGUACAUUGUUAAUG